AUGGAGCCUUCGGCGAGAUCGCGCUUCGAAUCUGACCUCCAGGCUCUUCUCGAGGAGGCGUCAUUAGCUGGCACACGGAAUCGCCGCCAACUUUCCUGCACGCCUUGCAGACAACGGAAAUUGAAAUGUAACCGAGGGAGGCCUUGUGAAAAUUGCGUCAAGAAAAACGCACUGCAAGCCUGUGUGUACCCAGACUUUGCGAGACGUGGUCAGAACAAGCCUGUCAAGGUCAAAGAGCGCAUCAACCGCCUGGAGUCGGCCUUACUCGAGCUCAGUGAAAGGGGCGAUGCCUCCCUUGGCUCGAAAAACGGCCAUUGCACCCAAACUGCUUAUCCCGAGCAAAGCGAGGCGGGACAACGACCUUCGACCGACACCCGGGCUGACACGGUCGUGAGCGGAUCGACAACAAAAUGGGAUUCGAUCCUAGACGAUAUCUCGGAGAUCAAGGACUAUUUCGAAGAAAACAACGAGUUUCUCAAACGCGAUAUUGACAAGCUUCAGAUUGCGAUGCCCUCACCAAAGGUCUGGGAUAUUAUAUAUGGAGUCAGGCAUCACCAGAGUCUAGAGGCCUUGCUCUCAUGUCUCCCAGAACGACCUCAGGUCGACAGGAUGGUGGCCAAGUACUUUGAGAUGCUGGCAUUUUUCAGACCCGUGGUCCAUCCAAAGCAGUUUCAGCGAGAAUACAAUAAAUUCUGGAAGGAUCCUGCGGCCGUUUCCAUCUCGUGGCUAGGGCUUCUUUUUGCCAUGCUUCAGCUAACUGCGCAAGUCUCCGGCCAGCUUUCCAACGAUGCUUCAAACCUGGUACUCGAGCCAGAUGCGAUGGCCGCCACGUUUAGACAUUGCGCACUGCAAUGCCUCACCUUGGAUGACUAUGCCAAGGGUGAUAUCCAUCUUCUGCAAGGUAUGCUCACCCACCUUGAAUCUGAAUACUUUCAAUCACUGGACCCUCAAGCGAACUUCUAUAUUCUCACCGGUACUAUUGUCCGGGUUGCCCUCAUGCUUAAACUUCAUCGAGAUCCACGUCACUUCAGCAAUCUAUCGCCAUUUCAAGCCGAAAUGCGGCGGCGUCUGUGGCUAAAUAUUGUCCAUGGUGACAUACUAUUGUCCUUCCAAAUGGGCUUACCCUCGAUGAUACCUUACGGACAAGCAGACACUACUCUACCAAGAAAUCUUCGAGAAGAUGACUUUGACGAGGAUACCAAAGUUCUCCCUGACAGUCGCCCUUUCGACAAUACGACCAAUAUGGCAUUCUACCUUGCAAAGGCUCCCGUGAUCAAGACUUUUGGCCAUAUUGCUUCGCACCUACAGGAUGUGCACUCCUCACCCGAGGCAGUUCAAGCUCUGGAUGCUCAGCUGCGACAAGCGCGGGCCAACGUGCCUGCCUACUAUCAGAUGCGGCCCAUUUCAGACUCGCUGAUUGACCCGGCUUUUACCCUGAUGUGCCGGUUCGGCAUAGAUCAGAUCUGCUUGACUGGAUUCUGUAUUCUGCAUCGAAAAGGUCUGGUGGCUGCUAGAUUCGAUGCAGAAUUCAAACCUUCCCGACAGGCAUGCGUCGAGGCUGCCAUGGCAAUGCUCGAAUACCAGCAUGUCCGGCACGAGGAAAGCAAGCCAGGAGGACGCUUGUCUGGCCUGGGGUCCACAAUGUUGUCCUUUACCAAGAACGAUUGGCUCUUAGCUGCAAUGCUGAUAUGUCUGGACAUCCAUCUUUCUGCGACCAACCCGACCAACGUCUCAGAUGAUGUUUCAAUAUGGGGCCGCGAUCGUCGUGAAGAGAUGCUCAAGGCGCUUGAAAGGUCUUAUUAUAUUUGGCGCGAGUAUAGUGAAGAGUCUGUGGAGGCGCUCAAGGCCAGUGAAGCACUCGCUGCCAUGCUUGCCAAAAUCCGGCCAGAGUUUGGGAUCUCGACCAGAUACGGAUCAACAAGGACAACAACCUCCCUCAAUGGUCAAUCUGACUUGGAUCCGACUUCGGCCGCCCCUUGUACUACGCAGAGUGAUGGUGGCAAGUUGGGGCCUGAGUUUCAAGUACCUGAUCUGUUCUCUGAGGAGCCCGGGAAUAUUGAUUGGGACGAGUUAGAUCGCUUCUUCAUCAGUACUGGUGCGAUGUCAUCGACCGUUUACAAUCAGGAAUCCCAGACAGAGGACUGGCUGAAUGGCGACCUAUGGGCUUCAGGCCAGGGCUAUUGA